AGCCGCGCUCUGCGCAGCCCUCACCCGCCCGCUCCGCAGGUUCCCGUGCGUCGUCGGGCGGCGAUGGAGCCCGGGCCCGCGGCGCCCUCGUCUGGUGCUUCGCGGCCCGCCCGGGAUGGGGACGCGCCGCCGGCGGCCGCCAGGGUGGACCUGCCCGGCACGGCCGUGCCCUCCGGUCGGGAGGAUGCUACGGCUGGGAGCCAGGCUGGCGGGGUGCGCGGCGGAGAGGGAGCCGCGGCGGCGGGCGAUGGACUGGGCAGACCUCUGGGGCCCACCCCCAGCCAGAGCCGCUUCCAGGUGGACCUGGUUUCCGAGAACGCCGGGCGGGCCGCGGCGGCGGCGGCGGCGGCGGCUGCUGCUGCGGCGGCGGCUAAGGAGACCCCGGCGGCCGGGAAAGCCGGCGGCGAGAGCGGCGUGGCCAAGGGCAGCGAGGAAGCCAAGGGUCGUUUCCGCGUGAACUUCGUGGACCCGGCUGCCUCCUCGUCGGCGGAUGACAGCCUGUCGGAUGCGCCGGGGGUCGGUGGUGACGGGCCCAACGUGAGCUUCCAGAACGGCGGGGACACGGUGCUGAGCGAGGGCAGCAGCUUGCACUCGGGCGGCGGCAGCGGACACCACCAGCAGUACUACUAUGACACCCACACCAACACCUACUACCUGCGCACCUUCGGCCACAACACCAUGGACGCGGUGCCCAGAAUCGACCACUACCGGCACACGGCCGCGCAGCUGGGCGAGAAGCUGCUCCGGCCCAGCCUGGCAGAGCUCCACGAUGAGCUGGAAAAGGAACCAUUUGAGGAUGGCUUUGCAAAUGGAGAAGAAAGCACUCCCACCAGAGAUGCUGUGGUCACAUACGCUGCUGAAAGUAAAGGAGUUGUAAAGUUUGGCUGGAUCAAGGGUGUAUUAGUGCGCUGUAUGUUAAACAUUUGGGGUGUGAUGCUCUUCAUUAGAUUGUCAUGGAUUGUGGGUCAAGCUGGAAUAGGUCUCUCCGUCCUGGUAAUCAUAAUGGCCACGGUCGUGACAACUAUUACAGGAUUGUCUACUUCAGCAAUAGCUACCAAUGGUUUCGUAAGAGGAGGAGGAGCGUAUUAUUUGAUUUCUAGAAGUCUAGGGCCAGAAUUUGGUGGUGCAAUUGGCUUGAUCUUUGCUUUUGCCAAUGCAGUGGCAGUUGCUAUGUAUGUUGUUGGAUUUGCAGAAACUGUGGUGGAACUGCUUAAGGAGCAUUCCAUACUUAUGAUAGAUGAAAUCAAUGACAUCAGAAUCAUCGGAGCCAUCACGGUGGUGAUUCUCCUGGGGAUCUCUGUAGCUGGGAUGGAGUGGGAAGCAAAGGCUCAGAUUGUCCUGCUGGUGAUUCUUCUCCUGGCCAUCGCAGACUUCAUCAUAGGAACAUUUAUCUCACUGGAGAGCAAGAAGCCCAAGGGUUUCUUUGGCUACAAAUCUGAAAUAUUUAAUGAGAACUUUGGGCCGGAUUUCCGAGGGGAAGAGACUUUCUUCUCUGUGUUUGCCAUCUUUUUCCCUGCUGCAACUGGUAUCCUAGCCGGGGCAAAUAUCUCGGGUGACCUCGCAGAUCCUCAAUCAGCCAUUCCCAAAGGAACACUCUUAGCCAUUUUGAUUACUACAGUGGUUUACAUAGGAAUUGCAGUGUCUGUAGGUUCUUGUGUUGUUCGGGAUGCCACUGGGAAUGUUAAUGAUACCAUUACAACAGAGCUAACGAACUGUACUUCUGCAGCCUGCAAAUUAAACUUUGAUUUUUCCUAUUGUGAAAACAAUCCUUGCUCCUAUGGACUUAUGAACAACUUUCAGGUGAUGAGCAUGGUGUCAGGAUUUGCACCAUUAAUCUCUGCAGGUAUCUUUUCAGCCACACUUUCAUCAGCAUUAGCGUCUCUUGUGAGUGCUCCCAAAAUAUUUCAGGCUCUAUGUAAGGACAAUAUCUACCCAGCUUUCCAGAUGUUUGCUAAAGGUUAUGGGAAAAAUAAUGAACCUCUUCGUGGUUACAUCUUAACAUUCUUAAUUGCACUUGGAUUCAUCCUAAUUGCUGAAUUGAAUGUUAUUGCUCCAAUUAUCUCUAAUUUCUUCCUUGCAUCUUAUGCAUUAAUCAAUUUUUCAGUAUUCCAUGCAUCACUUGCAAAAUCUCCAGGAUGGCGCCCUGCAUUCAAAUACUACAACAUGUGGAUAUCCCUUCUCGGGGCAGUUCUUUGCUGCAUAGUGAUGUUUGUCAUCAACUGGUGGGCCGCAUUGCUGACCUAUGUCAUUGUUCUUGGACUGUACAUUUAUGUCACUUAUAAAAAGCCAGAUGUGAACUGGGGGUCCUCCACACAAGCCCUGACUUACCUGAGUGCACUGCAGCAUUCAAUCCGUCUUUCUGGUGUGGAAGACCAUGUGAAAAACUUCAGGCCACAGUGUCUUGUAAUGACAGGCUCUCCAAACUCACGGCCUGCUUUAUUGCAUCUGGUUCAUGACUUCACAAAAAAUGUUGGCUUGAUGAUCUGUGGCCAUGUGCAUAUGGGCCCUCGAAGACAAGCUAUGAAAGAGAUGUCCAUUGACCAAACCAAAUAUCAGCGAUGGCUAAUUAAAAACAAAAUGAAGGCUUUCUAUGCUCCGGUUCAUGCAGAUGACUUGAGAGAAGGUGCCCAGUAUUUGAUGCAGGCUGCUGGACUUGGUCGUAUGAAACCAAACACACUUGUCCUUGGAUUUAAGAAAGACUGGUUACAAGCAGAUAUGAGGGAUGUGGAUAUUUAUAUAAACUUACUUCAUGAUGCUUUCGACAUACAAUAUGGAGUUGUGGUUAUCCGCCUAAAGGAAGGACUGGAUAUAUCACACCUUCAAGGACAAGAAGAACUAUUGUCUUCACAAGAAAAAUCACCUGGCACCAAGGAUGUGGUAGUAAAUGUGGACUACAGUAAAAAGUCAGAUCAAGAUACUUACAAAUCAUCUGGUGAAAAAUCUAUUUCACAUAAAGAUGAGGAAGAGGAUGGCAAGACUCCAACUCAGCCACUGUUGAAAAAAGAAUCCAAAGGUCCUGUUGCACCUUUAAAUGUAGCUGACCAAAAGCUUCUUGAAGCUAGCACACAGUUUCAGAAAAAACAAGGGAAGAAUACUAUAGAUGUCUGGUGGCUUUUUGAUGAUGGAGGUUUGACUUUGUUGAUACCCUAUCUUCUGACUACCAAGAAAAAGUGGAAAGAUUGUAAGAUUCGAGUAUUCAUUGGAGGAAAAAUAAACAGAAUAGAUCAUGAUCGGAGAGCAAUGGCUACUUUACUUAGCAAAUUCCGAAUAGACUUCUCUGAUAUCAUGGUCCUAGGAGAUAUCAACACUAAACCAAAGAAAGAAAAUAUUGUCACUUUUGAUGACAUGAUUGAGCCAUACAGACUUCAUGAAGAUGAUAAAGAACAGGAGAUUGCAGAUAAAAUGAAAGAAGAUGAGCCUUGGCGAAUAACAGAUAAUGAGCUUGAGCUUUAUAAAACUAAGACAUAUCGGCAGAUCAGGUUAAAUGAAUUAUUAAAGGAGCAUUCAAGCACAGCUAAUAUUAUUGUCAUGAGUCUCCCAGUUGCACGGAAAGGUGCUGUAUCCAGUGCUCUGUAUAUGGCAUGGUUAGAAGUUCUCUCUAAGGACCUGCCUCCAAUCCUCCUGGUUCGUGGGAACCAUCAGAGCGUCCUCACCUUCUAUUCUUAGUUGCUCUGCACCAAGGACUGCCCUCCAAGAAUGGUACUUCAGUGCCUAGUGAAAGUGACUGAGAUCAUCAGUAACACCUUAACAUCACAGUGGCCAACUGGGACUUUCGUUCACUACUUCAUGAUUUGAAAGCACAUGGAAAAGUCACUCCAUUAAUAGAUGUAUGGAGACUUCAGUUUUAGUCUACUCCAUAUCUCAAUCUUAUUGACUGAUAAUUCUUGUUGGACUGAAGUUCAUGAGAGUAAAGUUUUCCUUUGCUACUUGAAAGCAAUAAGAGUGUGUUAUUUUUUUGAUUGAUGAAAGGAGUACAAAAGCCUUUAGCCUUAAGGUGCCUUCUGAAAUUAACCAAAUUUCAUCCAUAUAUCUAUUGUCUUUUGUAAAUUUAUAGAAUGUUAAACUCUGUCUUCAGAUAUUUUUAUUUCUAAUCUCUGUCACUUUAAGUGGACACUGCUUUUCUCCUCCCAUUGACCAGUUAGUGUUGAGUACUCUGUGUUUUGUAUUACUUUUGUAAAGGUAUCUGUUAGAUACUAAAGAGGAUUAGAACAAACUAAAAAUAUGUGGGGAAAGUAUCCAAAAAAUGGAGCCCAAGUUUAGGCGUAUACGAGUAUAUGUACAUAUAGAGCUAGGAAAAAUAGUCCCAAAGUAUCAUUUUUAACUCUCAAUAGGAAUCAUGUAUUAUUUCUUUUAAAUUGUAGAGAAGGCUGAAGAUCUACCCAGUACUUCAUGUAUGAUGCUGAAAAAUCACGCAUCUUUUUUCAAGCAAAACUCUGAGAUCAUUUGUAUUAUUUUUAAAGAUCUGUUCUGAUUUAGAAUUUCCUCUCAAAUGUGAGGGACUUUUAAGACAUGCUAACAGAUAUUUUGGGAGGAAAUUUAGACAAAGCAAUGUCAUUUAAUGGAACGUUUCAAUGAGCACUGUGGGAAUUUCACUAUCCUUAUGCCAUCCUUUAUUUAAAAAAAAAAAAAGAUUAAAAUAUUUUCAAUGGUUAAAUGGACCACUGUUAGUUAAAUGGUUUUAGGCUUAAUUUAUUCAAGUAUCAAGUACAUUUAGUCUUAAUACACUCAGGUUUGAACAGAUUAUUCUGAGCAUUGAAAUUUAAUCCAUUCUUAAUACUUUAAAACUUUUGUGUUAAAACUGCCAGUUUGUACGUUUGACCUCCUUGUCUAGCAGUGCACGUGACUGCGCCUGUGCCGUCCUGAAAGCUUUAUAUACAGCUGUUAAUGUGAAGUUUCUCAUUUUUCAAAGAAGGAUUUUCUAAAAACAUUUCAAGGGAUUCAUGUCUACGUGUCUGUAUGUGUGUAUGUUAUACAUAUACAGGUACAUAUGUGUAUAUGUAAUGAAAUUUAUGUUGCCGGUGUUUGAAACUUUUAAAGUGAUCACAAUUUGGUAAAUAUAUAUAUUUUAGGUAAACAUUCAAGUCAGAUCAAGAGGUUACAGGUUUCAUGGAGGACAAAGACAAUUUGAAGAAGCCCACAGUAUAUACUUCAUACAAUUAUCCGGUUAGGGAAAGUGCUGUCACGUAGAUGAUGUCUAGGCUUCCGUGGAGAAUGUACAGAGGCUUUCAUCACCUUAAGGGAAUGUCAGAAAAGCACUUUCAGUGGCACAGCAUUUCUGCCGUGUGAAUAUAGACUAAAUUAAUGCCAGCGGGAUAGCUGCUCAUUUCCAUUCAGAAUCUUAAGAAAAUGAAGUGAUUUUUCUAAGUUUCUUUUACACUAUAGUACAAUAUAGUUCCAUUUACUGUAAAUUUCGCAGUUUGGGGGACAAUGUAGAAGAGUCACAUUCAGCAAACCAUAUCAUGCGUGAACUUUCUGAAUGGAUACUAGGACGUGGCUGAAUGCUGCUAUCUUGAAAUGUACACAGGUACACUUGCCUUUUAUUUUUAAAGGAUUUUUCCCCAUUCAGGAAACUUCAUUGUGAUCUGUACUACAGAAGCUAAAUGCCAUACAUCCUACACGUGUGUAUAAGGUACAUAAAAUGGAUCUCAAUACACAUAAUAGGGAGGGUGAUAUUGUUUGUGAAACAAUAUAAGAAGCUUUCCACUUUAAAAAAAAACAAACUACAUUAUGUUCACUUAACACUAGUACCAGGUCAGACAUUUUUCAAGGUUGCAGUAGUACUCUAAAAAUGAAAAUUUUCAACAAUUAAUCCUUAGAGAUGCUAGGUAGUAAUAAAGCUAUUUUUAUUUUAUGCUGAGUUUUGAUUAUUUCAAUGCCAAAUUAUUUUUUAGUCGUAAUCAUUGAUAAUAACUUGAAAAUAAUUAUGCAGUGGCAUUUGAGCCCAUUGUUCCGAGAAGUGAGAAAUUCAGUGGAUUCAAAGAGGUUAUUAACAGCUAAAUCAGAUAUUUAUUUGUUGCAUCGUUUCCUUUGUGCUUGGGGUUUUGCUUUACACUCUUCGUAUUGCUUUCUGACAUAAGUGGUUUUGUUUGUUUUUUUUUUUUUUUAAGACUAUGGAAAUAAUUUAAAGAGUUGAGCUCUGGUGAUGGCCUGCUAAGUUUGAAGAUGUAAUAUUUUGGUAAUACUGUACUGUACCUGUCACAGAUGCUUUUGUAAUGUUUUAACCCCGAGCGUUGCGGUUGUCGCCUUGUACAGAAGUUACUGCAAUAAAGGAAGUGGAGUCAUUAA